UUGAUACUUUGUCAGAUGAUAGUUUAGAUAUGCUAUGAUGAAUUUUUAAAAAAUCAGCCCGUUUUAUGUAUCGCGAUGGAAAGACCGUCAGCUGGUCAGAUGAACAUGUAAAAAUAAUCGUUGCAAUGAUUCUUUUUACUAAAAAAACUUAUUACAGAUAUGUAUGCAGAAAUUGCUUGUUCACUGUGCGAAGUACGUAGUAAAAAUAUUGUGCCAUGUUAAAAAUGUUACAAUAAGGUGCACGGGGACGGAACCUGUAUAUCAAGGCGCAUGCCUUAACAGUGAACCUGUUUUUGAGAACAUGAGAACUAAACGUAGAAUAUACAAAUCAAAGUUAAAAUGGUGCGUCAAACAGCAGGAACAGUUUGCGUUGGAUAAUUUGGGGUCUCAUCAACAUGGAAAAAACUAUUUUCACAUGCCUUAUGGCAGAAUAUAUUAGAGGUCAACAUUGUAGUAUAUAUACAAUAUGUACCUACUGUACUGUACCAUAUAUUCUUGUGAAUAAACUUUUAUUCAUUAAAAUACUAUUACCUCAAAACCUUAAUAAACGUCGUAUAUAACACUAUAUGCAAAGUUUCAUGGUUUUGAUAUCAGUGUCAUAAACAGGUUAGGCGGCUUGUUUUAACAUGUUCAUUCGACUAGCGAUAGCGAUGGUCUUUCCACCGCGAUACAACCGGGUGGCGUUUUUUUUAAUCCACAGUAACAUCUCAACAAUCUUCUGACAAGUUACAAUCGGGAGGCGAUGUUCAACGCUGUCGUUCUUCAACUCACCAGCAGAUAGGCAGCUGACGUCCACGAGGGCUCAUUACACAUCGCCCUUAAUCACUUUAUAAGGUUUCACCCGAGAUGCUAUUGGUUAUAGCAAUCUAUUCCUGGCUAGCGGUCCAUAAGCGAAAAUCCCCAAAAAAAAUCCCAGUAAAUCAGCAACUAUAACUGCAGGCGAUGGUCCGAAGCAUGAAGACGUGGAAUAUACAAGUAAAAAUCUUGAAAGACUUUAGGAUCCACCCUUACUUUUGGUUCUUGUAUUGUUGACAGAAUUUUCAAUGACAUGACAUGAUAGAUACAUGACAGGAAACAAGUUGUUCCUAAAGUUGAUCAGUCCAAACCAGAUACAUAUAUCUAUUUUACAACUAAAGGGAUGGAUUAAAAAUCAAUAUGCUGUUUUAUUUCAUUUUAACUCACAACGAAAAGCACAUCCGAAGAUAUAUUUGUAUUAUAAAAUUUUCACAGAUUGAAUUAAUAUUUAUCCUUUGGGAUACCGAUAGAAUAAAAAAAUGCACCUUCUUUCACGUCAUAUUUGGCUGAAGUCUGUCAAAGUUCAAUGAACUAAAUUUGAAGUAAAAAAUAAUAAUUAUUUUUAUAUAAUGUUAGCUUAAAUGUGAAAUUUAUUAAUUCACAUUCGAAUGCAUUGCUGUUCAAUAUACUUAUCACAUUUAACGAACAUUAUAUUGCUGCUAGACCUACUUCCCCGGUCACUAUUGUAUUUGUUCCUUCGAAGAAAAUUGGUAAAAAAGCACGAGAAAUUUGAUGUUGUUAUGUACAUCUACUCAGAAGUCUAUAGAUAAUUAAGUAUUUGUGGUAAGGGCACUAAUGCUUUGUAAACUGUGUCGUGUGUUCGUCCAUUUCUAAAUUAAAUGACAACAUUUGAAGAAGCUUAUGAACUUACUGGGCAUGGUAGAUUCAAUUACCUAGCCUUGUUCACUAAUGGGUUUAUCCUGCUCUACGUGACCAUAGAAUGCUUGGGCCUGGGUUAUGUGUUGAACACGGCGGACUGCGACCUGCAAGUCACUAUAGGACAGCGCGGCGCGAUUUCUGCUGCUACAUUCAUAGGUGUGGUGGUGCCGGCAAUGGUGUGGGGGUACCUCGGUGACAAGUAUGGGCGACGUAAGACCAUGCUGCCCGCGACCGUGCUGGCCGUCCUGUUCUCCUUCCUAUCGUCCUUGUCUACGAACUUCUGGAGCAUGUUCGUGCUGCGAAUUAUCACUGGUACUCUAAUUUCAGCUUCCUGUGCUACUGCAUACGUGUACUUGGGGGAGCUAACUUGCCCAUCUAGACGCGCCGCGUCCAUCGCAUGGGGCUCGGCCUUUAUCGCGGGUUCUUACUUCGCCAUGCCCUUAUUCGCCUGGAUUCUGUUGCCACUAAAGUUCUCUGUCGGCGAUGGCGUCCUUAAAAUCGUGCCAUGGCGGGUCCUGAUGUGGGCGUUCACAAUCUGGGGCUCCACCGCCUGUGUCGGCAUGGCCAUCCUGCCCGAGAGCCCCUCCUACCUGCUGGCCACAAAGGGUGGACCGGAAACCUUAGCCGUCUUGGCGAAGAUCUAUUCGUGGAACCAGAAAAAAACAGCCGCUGAGUACCCGGUAAGCCCCCUACCCCCAUCGAUGUACCACUAUAUUAUGGCGCAAUCUGAGAUAAAUUUAUCAGGUCCUGACAUCAAGCCCAAUAAGGCUUGUGUCGUGGUUACUAGACGACGAUAUAUCGAAUAG